UUAGACUUACUGGAGUCUGGACUGCUAGUCUAUUAUUCUCUAAACACACACUCACUCUCUCUCCACACCGUACUUUCUCUAAAUUGAAGUUUACCAUAUUGUUGUUGUUCGUCUUCUGAUGAACCUUCGUUAAAAAAAAAAAAAAAAACUUCCGAUGAACCUGGUUCGCUCGAUUGGUUUAUUUAAUUCGAAUAUAUGUCGUCGUUUUAUUUGUUUCCGAGGACUUUUCUGGUACUCAACAACAAAAGACUCUCUGUAUCGUCGGAUUUCUCCAAUCGGAGAUUUUAGGGUUUCGAUCGUGCCGGUGCUCGAUCAGUGGGUCGAAGAAGGAAGGGAAGUAUGGAAAGAAUUGCUUCAAAACAUAAUCAAGGAGCUGAGACGUUAUAGAAGAUUCAACCAUGCUCUUGAGAUAUCUCAGUGGAUGAGUGACAAAAGGUGUCUUGAACUUUCAACCCAUGACGUUGCUGUACGACUGGACUUGAUCUCAAAAGUUCAUGGGAUUAAACAAGCCGAGAAUUAUUUCAAUAACAUUCCAAAAGAAUUAAAAUCAAGUGAGGUUUUUCGUGCUCUUCUAAACUGCUAUGCACAACAGAAAUAUGUGGAGAAAGCAGAGGAUCUCAUGCAGAAGAUGAGAGAAAUGGGAAUGGCUAGGUCGCCAGCAUGCUUCAAUUAUAUGCUGAAUCUCUAUUAUAAGACAGGAAAACAUGAGUUAUUAGAUGGUGUGAUGCAGGAGAUGGAAGAAAAGGGCAUCAAAUUGGACAAAUUUACUUUUUGCACACGGCUGAGUGCAUACGCAGCUGCCUCUGAAACUGAGGGAAUGGACAGGAUCCUUCAGCGAAUGGAAUCUGAUCCUAUGAUUGGUUUGGACUGGAAUGCUUAUGCUGUUGCAGCAAGUGGGUAUAUGAAAGCUGGGCUUGUAGACAAGGCAUUGGCAGUGUUAAAGAAAUCUGAGCGUUUAAUAGCAAAUUCAAAAAAAAAUCAUCUUGCAUUUGAAUUCCUUCUCACACAAUAUGCAGCAACAGGGAAUAAAGAUGAAGUGCUACGGCUUUGGGAACUCUACAAGAAAACAGAAAAGAUAUACAACAAGGGCUAUAUGAGCAUGAUAAGCUCACUACUGAAAUUUGAUGACUUAGAAGGUGCUAAGAAGAUUUUUGAAGAGUGGGAAUCCAGUGAAUUAAAUUAUGAUUUCAAGGUUCCGAACUUUUUGAUUAGUUUUUAUUGCAGAAAGGGUCUUAUGGAGAAAGCUGAAGAUCUCAUAAAUAGAGCAAAAUCAAAAGGGGGAAAGCCUAUCAUGAAUACAUGGUAUUUCUUGGCUACAGGUUAUGUGGCUAAAAAGCAGAUUCCAAAGGCUUUAGAAGCUAUGAAGCAAGCAAUCUCGAUGUGUUUACCAGGAUGGAAGCCAAACAAGGACACUUCAGCUGCCUGUCUGGCAUACUUGAAAGAGACAGGCAAUGUUGAGGAAGCAGAGGAAUUUAUAAAGUCACUCCAAGCUAAGGCCGUUGUCUCUACUGAAAUCCACGACAGAUUGCUUAACUAUAUUAAAAAUGGGAAAUCAAAUUCAGAUGUACCUCGUUUAGUGGAAGGGGAUUCUUUUGUUGGGGAUGGAGAAACACAUGAAAAUUCAACAUUGGAGCGUGUGGAUGAUUUGGCUGGGGCCAAAGAAAUACAUGGGAUUUCAGAGCUGAAAUAGAAUUGUUGCAAUUACAAACCAAGCAGGUGAAUCGUGCCAGUAACGUGAACAAAUCACUAGCAAUUUUUGGAAGUAAAUGCGAUUCAACCCUGGGAAUAGUAGUGGCAAUUCCCAUGGGUAUUUCAUGGAUGUUGGUAAAUCCUACUAUUUCCGUUUCAUUUAUUUGACAAGUAUUAUGGAACUAUUUGAGAGUAGCAGAACUCACACUUGCUUAUCACAUUCACGUCUCUCUCUUCAUCCUUGCAAGGGAAAUAUGAGAGGGAUUGAGGAGGCUGUAAGCUUCUGAAGAAUGUAGACCAGUCACAGCUAUAAACAUCCAAUUUCAUCUACAAUGUCUGCAAUGCAUUCUUCUUUUUGUACUUGGUGUUUUUUAGUUCUGCUUUUUGUAAUUAGCAGCACCUUCUGUUUGUUCAACAAUGAAGGAAAGUUACCUGAACAAUAUAUGGGAUUUGUCCGUGUUUGUAGGCA